GACUAACGGAAUUAGAACAUUGACAGAGCUCCGGUUUCAUCCAUCUUCUGAAGUUCAGUUCGGAGGUUCGGGUUGGAGACGGUUUGGGGUGAUUUGGGUUUGAAAGUUUAGUGUUAACCGAAUAAACAGCCAUGGAGGCUCGUGGAGUUCUCUCCGUUCUGUGCGUCGGUGCGAUGUUUGCCGUGGCGCUCGCACAGCAGACCGACAGACCCAAGUUCUGGGAGUGUCCGGUGGACCUGUUCUUUGUUCUGGACACGUCUGAGAGUGUUGCUCUGAGGGCCAAACCUCCCAACUUCUACAUCGACCAGAUCAAGAGCUUUACUGAACGCUUCAUCAUGGAGCUCAAGGAGAUGCGCCACCCAUGUGACCGGUCCCUGACAUGGAACUCUGGAGCGCUGCACUACUCUGAUGAGAUCAUCUUAGUGCGCCAGCUGAGUGACAUCGCCACCGAGCGCCAGGCGCUCAUCAGUGACAUCAAGGGCAUCAGCUACAUCGGCAAGGGAACACACACUGACUGUGCCAUCAAGAGAGGCAUCGCUGAGCUGCUCAUAGGGGGCUCCCACUACCAGGAGAAUAAGUACAUCGUCGUGGUGACGGACGGUCAUCCUCUAACAGGUUACAAGGAGCCCUGUGGGGGGUUACAGGAAGCUGCCAAUGAGGCCAGGCAACACGGGGUUAAAGUCUUCUCUGUCGCCAUAUCACCUGACCAGGAGGACACCAGGCUGUCAGUGAUUGCUACAGACCAGAACUACAGACAGAACUUCACAGCAGCUGACAACAGCAGAUCCACCCAGCUACAGACCAUUCGCAGCAUCAUAGAUAUGAUAACCAAUGAGACCAAGGAUGUGUGCUGUUCUUUUGACUGCAAUGCUAAAGGAGGUCCCAAAGGACCAGUAGGAGACCUCGGGUCCAAGGGUGAAACAGGUAGACAGGGGAUGCCAGGCGAGAAGGGAGACAUCGGGGUAGAGGGGAACUUGGGAGAUCCCGGUCCCGUAGGAUACCGUGGAAUGAAGGGCGACCGAGGUGGAAUAGGCAACAAGGGCGAGAGAGGCCAUAAAGGCUACAAGGGAGACAAAGGACAACAGGGGACAGAUGGAGUUGAUGGACGUAAGGGUGAUCCAGGGUUUCCUGGUCUAGCCGGCUGUAAAGGAUCCCCAGGACCUGACGGCUCACAAGGAGACGGAGGUCCUAAGGGAGAUCCUGGUCCAUACGGAACCAAAGGAGCUAAGGGUGAUCUGGGGAAAAACGGAGAACCAGGACGACCCGGUAACUACGGACCGCCCGGAACCAAGGGUACACUGGGCCCAAAAGGAGCCAAUGGGGACAAAGGACAGCGGGGUGAUGAUGGAGCACCUGGACCGGACGGCCUCCGAGGAGACAAAGGAACCCCAGGAGAGAAAGGAGAACAAGGAACCCGUGGAAACAGAGGACCAAGAGGAGAUUUGGGUGACCCAGGACCUCGUGGAGAUCAGGGCAGAGAGGGUUCAUCUGGAGCCAAUGGAGAGCCUGGCGACAUCGGCAGGGCGGGGUCUCCAGGAUACAGAGGAGAUGAGGGCGCCCCCGGGCCAGAGGGCCCCAAAGGACCAAGAGGGAUCAAAGGAGCUCCCGGAGACAGAGGCCAGAUCGGAGCGAGGGGAGAAGAUGGUGCACCUGGAAAUGGAACUGAGGGUUGUCAUGGUUUCCAGGGUUACCCCGGCCCACGAGGAGAUAUUGGAGAGCCGGGUGGAAAGGGAACCCCAGGACCUAAAGGAGAUGACGGAGAGCCUGGAGACGCUGGCCUGGACAACAACUCCCCAGGACUCCCAGGGAACAAAGGAGGCAAAGGACACAGAGGACCUGAAGGAAACCCGGGACCAGUCGGGCCUCCGGGACCUGCAGGAGCUGAUGAAUGUGAGAUUCUGGAUAUCAUCAUGAAGCUUUGCUCAUGCUGUGAGUGUAAGUGUGGGCCCCUGGACCUGGCCUUCAUCGUGGACAGUUCGGAGAGUAUCGGCUCCACGAACUUCGCUCUAGCUAAGGACUUCAUCAUCACCGUCAUAGACCGCCUUAUUAAGGACCAGCAAGUCCAUUUUGGUUUUAAUGAGUCCAGGGUAGGCGUGGUGCAGUACAGUGGGGAUGGAGCCCAGGAGGCUGUCAGACUGGGAGACCCCAACAUUAACACACUCACUGAGCUCAAACAGGCGGUGCGGGACCUGCGCUGGCUGGCUGAGGCCACCUAUACAGGAGAGGCUCUGCAGUUCUCUCUGACCAACAUGAUUGACCGUCUGCAGCAGGAGAACCGCGUGGUCCUAGUGCUCACUGACGGACGCGCUGAUAUCACCAGAGAUAAAACACCGCUCAACACACUCUGUGGGAAGGGCAUCAAGGUGGGAGGUCUGGGAGUGAAGGACUACUCUGGCCGCCAGCCCAACCAUGAACAGCUCAGUGCUGUGGUCUGUGAGAGCGACCCUAAACCAGGCUUCUCCUUCGUACUGGAGAACUUCGCUGAGCUGCUGGAUGACAGCUUCUUACAGAACCUCACCACACGCAUCUGUGAAGAUAAGAAGUGUCCCAACUACAAAUGUCCCAUCUCCUUCUCAGGGGACACAGACAUCAUAUUGAUGAUGGACAGUUCAGCCAGUGUGGGACAGAGGAACUUUGACUCCAGCAAGACCUUCGUCAAGCGUCUGGCUGAGCGCUUCCUGUCUGCCGAGAGGUCCGGCCGCACUGCCGUGCGUGUCGCCGUGGGCCAGUACAGCCGUGAACGCCGCAUGGAGGCGGAGCUGACCUCUAACCUCACCCUGCUGACCAGUAAGAUUGAGGCCGCCACCUUCCAGAAUGAUGGGACUGACGUUACCAAGGCGAUGGCCUUCGCCAUGGAGAAAUUCCAGACGUCAGGGGGCGGGAACAGGAAGAGGAAGCUAGUGCUGUUCUCUGACGGGAGAUCUCAGGGCGUUACCGAGGCGUUGCUGGAGAAGCGCGUACGGUUGGUGUCAGAGGCGGGAGUGGAGCUGUAUGUUAUCACCGUGGGCAACCAGGUGAGCGAGGCCAACCUGCGCUCGCUGGUCAGCAGGGGGAGGAGUUACGACGUCACCUACGCCCAGCGCCACCUGUUCCGCGUCCCAGACUACCCAUCUCUGCUGCGUGGCGUGUUCUACCAGACCGUGUCCCGCAGGGUCUCCCAGGCCUGAGUUCAGGGGCAAGGGCUGGGACCACAUGCUUUAGAGUUUAGUCUCCCUCAUUAUGAAUAUCCAUUCAUAUUUCAUCACUCAUUUACUGUGUUUUAGUUGGGUUUUUACGUCCGAUAAUGACAGAAGACAAUUGUGUGUCAGACUGUGUAAGAUAUUGUGUUAGACUGCAUUCAUGUGCUCUCAGAAUUAUCAAGAAAAAUCCCAAGCGGAAAACUACUGAAAACCUCUUGUAACAGAAACU